AUGCGCAAAAUCAAGUUCUGUCGCGAAGCCUUCGCGGAGAAGCUGCAGAACCUGCUCGCGCAGUUUCCGAUGAUCGACACGAUCCACCCGUUUUACGCCGACCUGCUGAACAUCUUCUACGACCGCGACCACUACAAAGCCGCGCUCGGGCAGGUCCGCGGCGUGGCGAACUUCCUCGACGCAGUCUGCAGCGACUACGUGCGGCUGCUCAAGUACGCAGACGGGCCUUACAAGUGCAAGAUGCUCAAGAAAGCGGCGCUCGGGCGCAUGUGCUCGGCGGUGCGCAGGUUGAAGCAGACGCUCGCGUACCUCGCGCAGGUGCGCACGCACUUGGCGCGGCUGCCGUCCGUGAACGUGUACGCGAAGACGAUUCUGCUCGCGGGGCACCCAAACGUCGGAAAGAGCACGUUCAUGAACGCGCUCUCGAACGCGAACGUCGAGACCGCGGAGUGGGCUUUCACGACCAAGAACAUCUUCGUCGGGCACUUCUACUUCGACAACGAGCCGUGGCAGGUGCUCGACACGCCCGGCGUGCUCGACCGGCCGCUCUCAGCGCGAAACACGAUCGAGAUGAGCGCGAUCGUUGCGAUGGCGCACCUGCAGGCGGCCGUGCUUUACCUGCUGGACGUCUCGACGCAGUGCGGCUACUCGAUCGCGGAACAGGUGAGUCUGUUCAAGACGCUCGCGCCGCUGCUGAAAACGAAGCCUGUGCUCGUGGUGCUCAACAAGACAGACCUCGUAUCGCUGGAAGACCUGAGCGCCGAGGAGCGCGCGAGCCUCGACUCGAUGAAGGAAUUGCGCAAGCAGUGGAUUGUCAGCCAAGAGGAGUGGCGCUACGACAUCGUGCCCGAAAUCUUCGACGGCAAGAACGUGGCGGACUUCGUCGACAGCGACAUUUUGCAGAAGCUCGAGCAGCUCGAGGCCGAAGAGACGCACGAAGCCGACCGCUUCAUCGGCGAGCGUCGGCCGAAACACUUGUACUCCGGCAAGCGCUCGAUCGGCAAGACCGACCGCCGCUAA